CGACUACUUACCGUCAUGCCACUGGCUCGGCUUCCCGAGGAUGUCGAGCGCUACAUCUUUGAGAUUGGGGCAUUCUCAAAUCCACGCUCGAUCUCCACGUAUAUGCUCGUUGCACGACGUGUCAAAAUUUGGCUCGAGCCGCUACUCUACCGGACCCUCGUUACCGGCUCGGAGGCGAUUCCCGCCAUACCCGCUGUCCCACUCCAACGCAUCCUAGAUCUCCCGGACGCUCCUAGAUUCACGGCGCACACGCACAACCUGCUCUGCCACACACUGACUCAGGAGCAAAUCCUCAAGAUCAUCGCCUUGUGCCCCAAUGUCAG